GUAUGGUUUCUCGCAGAUAUUGAAUUUCAGGGGUUUUGCUUGAAGGUUCAAUAUUCAACAUUCCACAAUGAAAAUCACAUCUGCAUUCCUGCUAGUGGCUCUAAGUUGUUUCUUUGGUAAAUUUUCUAUACUUACUCAAAAAUGAUUACCAUAAAAUGAAUAUGUAGUUUUAUGAUUUUACGUAGUUUUCCUCUUAUAAAUUACUCAUAAAUAGCAAAUAGGUUUUAUAAACACAUUACCUUACCUAUAAUAGUUUUAAACUUAGAGUUGUCCAUUACACACAUACUGGGUUUAUAGCAUAUAAAGUACAUAGAAAACUAUAUUGUGUAUUUUAUCUUGCAUGUAGAUAAAUGUUUCACUUAGGAAUAGCAAUGAUUUUAGAGUACUUGAUUAUUUUGUAUUUAUAGAUUUCUAUACAACAUUAUCACAAAUUGUUAUAAAUGAGUUGAUGAUCAGUAAAUGUUACUUUUUACAUAUUAGAAUUAAAGUAAUUUUGUGUUAUUAAUAUUUCAUUAUUAUUUUAGAAACACCAGCUGCAACUGUUCCAACAAACUGCCUUACAAAUCUUGUGGAAGUAUGUAAAAUUACUAUUAAUUUUCAAAAAAUGUUUUAUUAAUUUAUAAAUAACAUAUCUUAUUCUCUCACUUAUAACCAUUAGAUAUGUUUUAGAUAUAUGAAACAUAUCGAUACAUAAACUAUACAUUUAUAGAUAUAAUAAAUAUCCUUACCAGUGUUUAGAGUAUAUCUGCCCGGGUGCCAUCCACAGUACGUCCAAUAUAUAAACAAAAAGAUAUCCAGGAUGCACUCUCAGGACUUAAACAAAAUAAUUUAUUUAAAUUAUGUGCACGACAAAAAAACAACGUUUUGAUCUCUGCGGGUCUUUUUCAAGGUUACUGUGACAUCUGAAACAUUAAAUAUAUAUUUAUAAAGUGUAAGUGCACUUACCAAUCAAUUUCGUUGUGAAGGGAAUAUCGGUGAAGGGAUUUACCAUGAAAUUGAUUGGUAAGUGCACUUACACUUUAUAUAUAUAUAUGUAUUUAAUGUUUCAGAUGUUACAGUAACCUUGAAAAAGACCCGCAGAGGUUGAAACGUCGUUUUUUUUGUCUUGCACAUAAUUUAAAUAAAUUGUAUUAUUUUUGUUUAAGUCCUGAGAGUGCAUCCUGGAUAUCUUUUUGUAUAUAUAGUGUGACGAAGUGCCCUUCACCAUUUGGUCCUGGAGAGGCCUGCUUGCCAGCCUCCUCCCCUGUGACUAUGACUCUUUGAUGUAUUUGGCUUUAAAGCCUACCAUCAGACAGACUAUUUAUGUAGGUUGCUUUAUUUCUCUUAUGUUUUAGUCACCCUGUACUCAUUAUAGGUGCAGGGUGUGUGUAAUGUAAUUGUUUAUAGUGUGUGUGUGUGUGUGUGUACUGUGAAAUGUAUUGCCUGCUCUCCUGUACUGCUGAGGUUUGCUACCAACUAGGUGGAUUUGGCUAUGGAGCUUGUCUAGUGCCCUCUGUUGGUAGCAACAGCAAUAUGCACUACCUGAAUAGCAAGACUGAUUCAUUUGCAUAUUCGGGUAGAUUUGCAUAUUGCUAAUUCUGCAGGCACGUGAGAUAUUUUCUGUUAAAUAUUGUCUCCCCCACCCCUUUAAAAAUAUGCCAUUGUGUUAUAAUAAGUCACUGUAUGUUGCCUGCUAUGAUUUGGCUGUUUGUAAUUUUAUUGAGUUUUCAGAGUAUUGUUAAUGUAAUGACCAUAUGGGCUAGUCCCAAGUAAAAUAAAGUUUUAGACAGUUCUUCUUGAUCCCUCUAAACGUAGCUUUGUCUUGUUAUUGGAGGGAGCUGUUAUAAUCACACUGGGGAUUGCUAUGCUCUGCAUGCUCCCCUGAGCUUGAAUCACUUAGCUCUUUUAAGAGCUUGUUCCUGACACGCUCUCAUUGGAGGAGAGGUCUUCCCCACACAGUCUUGGAUGCUGGAGGUUCAUACAGGGUGGAAGGAAGAGGUUUUUCCCACACGGUCGUGGAGGACAGAAGCUGAUCCAGGGUGGAAGGAAGAUGGCGAGACUCCAGUACAGCCGUUGCGGAGUCUGCAGUGGUUGUGGUGUCCGGUGCGGUGCUUGUGGUCCUCAGCGCAAGAUAGGAAGCGUCCAUGAACGGAGGGUACUCGGUCGGAGUACGGGGAGCUCCGUUACAUAUAUAUAUAUAUUAGAUAAGGAGUGUGUACAUAUGAUUAUAUGUCUUAUAUAUAUUUAUAUAUAAUGUGAAUUAUAUUUUGAACAAUGACACAUAAUUUGUAGUUGUUACUUUAGAUGUAGCCUCGAAAACAAGAGUGAAUGUCAGCAAAAUUAAAAGUUUUAUCACUCAGUUGCAAUACUACAUGGGUGUUAAUGCAUAAAUUAAAAUCAUGUAGGAUGCAUUAGUAUUUUGUCAUAUACACAAUUUAAUAGAACAACCCCCAUUUCUUUAACUAAACCCAUUAUAUUUAAUCUACUGGAGUUUUAGUAGACUAAAAUUAGACUUAAACUAACACAAUUCAGAUGACUAAAAUACGACUAAAUCUAAAAUGGCUUUUUAGUCAAAAGACUAUGACUAAAACUAAAUUUAAAUUUGCCGCCAAAAUUAGCACUGCUUGCAGAAGAGGAUGAUGGCAGGGUUAACACAGUGUGAUGGAAGUCUAGAUAAUUAUUUCAUUUCAUAGGAGGAAAUCCAGUGUUAUUUAAUGUCCAUAUAUAAAGCAGAUUUGAUUUUCAUUUUACUAUUAAAUGUAAGUGACUACCUAAGUUUAGUAAUAACACAACUACACUGUGCACUAGCAUUUAAGUGUUCUUGUUUUCUCUUAUGUCUUAGAAUGGGGCCCCGACACUUGUUGUGAAGCUGGGAAAUCUUCUCUGCAAAUAUCAACAAGCAAAGGUAGAACACAUAUUAUUUUGUUUAGCCUAUAAAAGUAUGAAACUUUAUAUACCUCAAAGAUAAUUGUUGGAUUGCUUAAUCUAUUGUAAUGUACUCUCUACUAUACAAAUAUAAAUUUCUUGAUUUGUCUAGUGGUGGCCAUUUUGUAAACUCUACCCAGCUUUGUGACAAAAUAUUUUUGUUUGUUUCAAAUAUACACACAAUUAAAGCCAUUGCCAUAUAUGAAAAAGAAAAGCACAGUUAUAUGAAAAACAAAAUAUAACAUUUACAAGCAUUUUUGCUGCAAGUUCCCAACGCAUUUACCAUGCAAUAGUCAGUGCCAAUUGUAUAAAUGUACUAAAAGACAGAAAAUAGCAAACUGUACUCAAAAUAUAUAUCACAGGUCUGAUUUAAUUGGAAUUUUUUUUCUCUUUUUAGGCGUCUCAGAAUCACUUGCUAUAUGUUACCUUCCUAAAUGAAUUGGGAGUGGUCUUGGUAAUAUUGUUUAUUCAACUGGAUUAUUUCAUAUUUGAAGAAUAGAUGUUAUGCCUUUAAUAAGAGAGUCAAAAAUUCUACAACAUAUCCACAAUGUUUCUGUACAUAUGGUGCACCCAUUAACUCCUUGUGUUUUUAAUUGUAAAGUAUGUCAAGUUUUCUUUAUCAUAGAGUAUGAAUAUUAUGUAAUGUCAGGAAAAUAAAGUCGCAAUGCAUGCUGAUGAAAUGUGAAAUAAAUAUUAUACAGGGUUUUUUUUUCUAUAUUUAACCAAGAGCAUCAAAGCAAAAAAAAAAUUGUUUCUCUCUGUCAAACAUAAACUACUUAUAACUUUGCUAACUGUCUAAUAAUGGGUAGUUUGAUGUUUCAACUGCAGUUGUUCAUACAGAUCUUUUAUAUUUUUAGUCGGAGGUUGGAUGCACUAUGGAUGAUCUAUUGGGCACACAUGUGGUAUGUAUACUAUAGUCUUAUGUAUCUCUUUAUAGUAAGGACAAUUACACUACUUUUAAAAAUAAUGACGGUUAACAUUUUCAGUUUUUUGCAAUCAACAAAAUCACCAUUAUAAAGCAAACUGAAAAAAAUAAUAAUUGGGGUUACUGAAGAUGUCAUAAUCUUAAGAGCAAGUCACAGUUAGCAUUUUGAUUUAAUACACAUAUUUACUUGAUUGGAUUAUGCCUACCAUUUUGACAGAUAAAUAAUCACCAAAAUAUUGUGAUAAAAAUAGUAAAUUACAUUAAAAAAAGUCAAAUAAUAUCUAUUUUUUUAAUUGUAUUAAUAUUAUUACUAAUAACAUCACUAUAGCACCACCAUUUGAUUGAUGGUGAAACCAUACUUAGGUAAAAAAGGGCUACUUGCAAAUACAUAGGCACAGGGAUAGGCAACCUUUGGCACUCCAGAUGUUGUGGGCUACAUCUUCCAUAAUGUUCUUACAGCCAUAAUGCUGGCAAAGCUUCAGGUGAGAUGUAGUCCACAACAUCCGGAGUGCCGAAGGUUGCCUACCCUGAUCUAGAAUGAGUGAAAAGAUUACAACGUGCAGAUUUCAGUGUCAAAGGUGACGUUAUGUAUUGGAUUCAUUUGCCACCUGGAAAUUACAAAAUUGAAAAUCACUUAUAACUCUAAUUAACCUUCAUUUAGUUCAUUAUUUAUUUCUAUGUGAAGCUCUGUUUUCUUUGGAAAGUAUGUUAAAGAUUUAGAAAUUGAUAUCACACACCAGUUCAUUCGUGGAACAGCCAGAACAAACAUUGCACAAUAUGAAACACAUUGUUUGUGUUCCUCGUCUUUCAUUUACUGCGUUGCCUCAUGGCCAUAGAUUAUCUACAUUUUUCAUAAAGAUAUUUGAUGAAAGUUAGUCAGUCUUUGCUGAUUAAGAGGGGAAAGACUGUUUUUAUUUUUAUUACAAAGAAAGUAGAGUUUAUAAUAGAUUGUAGGGAUCCAAGACAGAGAAACACAGUUCUUAGAGCAGGAUGGAUUUCUGUAUUUCAUUUCAUAUUUUGCACUUCACAAAAUCACAUAUUGUUUAAGAUACGAGGUAACACAAUAGAAAACUAUUGCAACAUGAUAGUUCCCCAUUAAAGAGAUAUGAUUUAAGGUACAACUUGAUGUCUGACUCUGCACACUUCCUACCCACACUUCUCAUCUCUAAGAAGCUAUUAUAUGCACUCUGUUAGUGCUAUAUCUUUGAAACAAGAAAAUCAAGGCAGUACCUAUUAGCAAAAUGCUUAAUGGCAAUAGUAAAGAUAGCUCAGAGAAUAAAAAAGCAAUAAUAAUAAUAUGUAUUCUUUGCUAUUCUUAAAGGAACCCUCCUAGCUGGAGCUGAUCCAUUAAAAAAAAUACAAAUAAAACAAUAAAAAGCUAUGUAUAUAUAACACGUGAAAAAUUAGCAAAAAGCAUAGCUUAAAAUAAAAAGGAUACUUACAUUUGAAGGUUUUUUUAUCUUCUGCAAUGAAAAGUACACCAAGAGGUAACCUACCCAAGCACAAUGCUCCCUUAGAGGUUAUUAUGAGCACCAUGACCACUUCAGCGAUUUGAAAUAGUCAUAGAGCCUGGAGUAUGUAUGUGCAGAAUUCCUCUAUGAAAUAAAACACAUAGCACAUAUGGAGUUUAACCCCUUUUGUGCUGGAGGUGUUAUCAGCCAGCCUAGAACUAGCGUUUCGGGCUGUCUAAUGUCAAUUGUGUGCAAAUUUCAUUGCCCAGAAUUGCAUUCAUUAGCUGAGAACAGUCAGCUGAUGCUCUCAGCCAAUGAAUGGCCUCGGAGCCUGGUGUUUGCCUCAUUUUUGUGGAACAAGGCCAGGUAAUCCUGGCAUUAUAAUAACUUCAGAGGCUGUAGUGGUAAUGAUGAUUGGAGUAACCCUUUAACUUUGUAUGCCAGUUCUGAAAUAUUUCAUAAAUCCCUACCAAUCAUUGUUGUGGGGCAUAGCAUGGAUAUAUUUGUAUAUUUUCUAAAGCAGUGUUGAGCUUUUCAUAUAAUCAGUUCUUUAUGGACACAGAAUAGCUUCCUGGGAAUUGUAGUUCAGUUGACAUGUCAACAGAUUAAAACUGAACUACAAAUCCUAAAAAAUGAAAUUCUGCUGGCCAUGCGAGCAGGAUAGAAAUGGUGGGGAAAGGCCCCUUUAUAUUAAAAAAAGUGAAUUUUGUGUGGGUUCUUUGAGUGCCUCUUUAAAUGGAUUGAAUGUGAGAUGAGUAGUUAGAACCUAUAUUAAAUAUAUAAACCUAAGUGAACUAUUAUAUCUGAAUUAUAUAUCUAAUUAUAUCUCUUACAGCAGACUACUUUGGACAACACUGAAAUAAUUGCUGACAAAGUUGCCCUUGUCUUGUUUGAUGUGUUGGUAAGUGAUAUAAAAAUAUGCAAAUAAAUGCAAAUGUCAUUAUAGGCAAUUUCAAUGAAAAUAGUACAACCAUGUUGUUUUCACAAAAUCACAAUAGAUGGUUAUAAGAAGAAGAAAAAAAAGACUGGGGUCUGAAGAAGUUGUGUAUCAUAUUAUUGCAUUAAGUAGCAUAUUAUUACACUGUGGACUAGAAAUGGAGAAAAAAAAUAUUUGGUGUGUGGCACAUAACGUAAAAUACAAACCACAAACAAUACAAAUACAAACAUCAUAUCUUGCACAUCACACCUUUUAGGUGCAAAGGUUAAAUUAAUCCAGUGUGCAGGGAACUAAAAUUAAAUGAAAGGGAUAGAGAGGAGUGUUAACAGACCUUGAGUUACGCUGUGUUUACUGAACCACAGACACUUCCUAGAAGUUGGCUACUGAUAACUAGAAACUGAUAACAGUAUUGGACAAAUAGGAACAGAAUGCAGUCAAGAUCAAAGAAAAUGGGUUAGUCAGAAAUACAAGCCAGGAUCAAGAAAACAAACUUCAAGAAAAAAACAAUAUAACAAGGCCAAGUCAAAAAAAUGUAAUUGAUAGUCUGGUGCACAGUCAACAGGGAAGCUUUCAGUAGAGUAACAUAAUUAAACUCAAUGCCAAGAUACAGAGGUUAAAGGAACACCCCCACCCCCAUAACAACUUCAGCUCAUUCAAGUUGUCAUAGGAAUCUGGAUGUACAGGUGCCAUUUUAACUGCAGGAUCAAUUUUCCAGUGGUUUAUUCCCCAAAAUUGAUCCCCCAGCACCCAACACCUCUGUCCCUUGGAUUCCUUCUUCUAGCUUCUGCAGUAUGAAGAAAUUAUUGCCGGGCAAUCAGUGAUAAUCUGAUAAUGCCAGGUAAAGCUCUCAGUCUAUCAUUGGCUGCCCAUUGAGAGUAACAGUACAUACUAUUUCUCUCAAUGCGACGCCAGUGCGCUCAGCAUAUCAAUGGCUGUCCAUGGAAAUCUUGCUCAUUCUGUGGCAGCCGGAAAAAAGUGGCUAGGGAAAGCAAUGAUGGCACAGAGGAAAAGGAUUUAACCUUAGAAGGUAAGAUGCACAAGAACAGCACAACACGGCUCUAGCUGGGGAAUGCUUUCCAAUAUGCUGAAAACAUAGCAUCACAAUGCAGGGUGACAGACUGGGCAUUUAUACAAUAUGGUUGCCUCUUUGCACCACAGAGCCCCAUGCAGUUACCACUAUUACUGGUAUUUUGCAAGUAUAACCCAGUUUUAAAAAAUCACCUAACAUGGGGAAGGAAAGGUAAACAAAUGGAUGCCCACUAUUCAAUUGCAUGCUGGUUCGAAUGGACCCACUAUGACUCCUUUAGAGAUUUGCAUUGAUUCUAGAUACUAUAUAAAUAGUGAAUAUGUUGUAACAAUUCUACAAGUAAUCUUUUAUUAGACUAUUAAUCUUUAGAUAUUUAUACAACAAUUCAGUGGCUUAAAAUCUGCUCUACAAUUUGUUUCAUCUUCUUGCUGUGUCGCAAUUAUUUUUGUAUAAUUAGUAAAUAUUUAAAUACAUUAAUUAAAAAAAUACUUUUAAAACAUUAAAAUUUUGUAGGAUUGGGCCUAAUGUAUAAUGUUUUGUUGGGUUCUAGAAUGGUUUGCCAGUUACUACAAAAUUCAUGGAAGUUGCAUGUGGAACAUUGGUAAGUGUAAUCCAGAUUAAAAAGUGCACACAUUUUAAAUUCAAAAGUGAAUUAAAGUAAUGAAUGACAUAUAUGCUGUAUUUUUUCAAUGUCACAGCAAACAUAUAUAGAAACAUUAUGCUAUAUAUAAUUUUAAGACAUCAUAUAGAAAUUAGAUAUGUGCUUUGGCUCUGCUGAACUAUUUUUUUUCAAAAAAAUAUAAUAUUUUUUGGAAUGAAUGAAUGAAUAUUGGCCAUAUGUCAGUUCGGCUCCUCAGAAUGUCUGUACCGAAAAGCUUUUAUGGGAAAUUAAUCAGAUGAAACAAAAGGUCAUGAAAACGGCCAAUAAGUGUAAUAAAAUAGUAUUAAUAUAUUUUGUAGUAAACUGGUAGGAUUCACAGAUCAAGAGACCAAAAAUAACCAAUAGAGUGAAAAAUAGGAGGAGCAGUUAAAAAAAUUCUUUAUUUAUGUUUUUAUAAUUUAAUUUACAAAUAUAAAGGAAUUUUUGAACAUCUAUGUCACUAUUUUGUCUAACCACAACAUAUUAACUAUUUCACACACAUGUAAUAUUUUUUCACACACAUGUAAUAUUUUUUCUGACUUGUAGAAUCAGUCUGCAUGAUUUUUUUUUAACAAUACUUUAUUAUGUUUGGCAAGAAUUUCCUAUUGGUAUUUUUUGUCUGCUUGAAAUUCUGACAAUCUCACCUUUACUUUUGUUUUUAGGACCAUCUUCUAGCAAAACUUAAAAGUGUACUGGUGAGCACCUAGCUAUACUUUAAUAUUUAAAUUGAUUUAUAUAAUGAGUUUGUAUUAUAUUAAUUUCUACAUUCCUUGGGUUUCACUUGUAAAACUGAUUUAUGCAAAUUCAUCAAAUUGGAUACAAUAAAAUGGAUGCAAAAUGUAAAAUGGAUGCAAAAUGAUACAUCUGAAAUUAAAAAUAAUAUUACAUAUACGCUCCCUUACUUUAAAGUACAAUGAAAAGACUAUCUCUUAGAACACAAGGACUUGUUUUUAAAUACUAUAACAAGACACCUCUAAAACAGAUAACAUACGCAUACUGAUUGUCUCAGUUAUUACCUGAUGGUAUUUUACGGAGUCCAAACUUUUUUAUUUUACUAUUAUUUAAGUUAUCAUCUCCACAGAAUAAAUACGCACAAGACACUGCGAUCUUCUAUGAUACUGAAAGGGUUAUUUCAGCCUUUAUUUUCUAGAGUAGGAACAGACAUACUCUCAGUCUAUCAUUGACUGCCCAUUGAAAGUAACAGUACAUACUAUUUUUCUCAAUGUAAAUGGAGUAAAUUAGCAAACAUGUUAGAUAAAAAUAGCUUUGGGCUCUAGCAAAUCAACCUGUUAGUGGAUAACUCUAUAAGUCGAAUCACUGCUAAAUUACAGUUUGCUGAUUAAAUGAAUAAAGAUAAAAAACAUAUUUUAACAAAAAGUAUGAUGGCCUCAAUUAUAUAUAUUAAUAUAUAAAGUAUGAUGGCCUCAAUUAAUAUUAAUAAUAUAUUUAAAUAUGUUUUUCAGAUAAUUUGAUAUUUAUCGAUAUGUUUUUCAAAUAAUUUUAUCUUUUUGGAUAAACGUUUCUAAUGAUUUAUCUACAGAAGUCACCAUUAAAGCCUACGUAAUUUUUGUAGACAAAAAAAUUGAAAAGUUUAUCCAAAAUUAUUAAAUAGAGAUGUAUGUCCGUUACAACUUUGAAAAAAAUAAUAUGAAUCAGUUUGUUUGUUUUUCUAAAACAUAUCAAAAGUAUUUUUUCUAGUUUCCCUUUCAGUCAUUUUUCACUGUUCACUACUACUAUAGGUUGUCUGUUUUAUACUGUUUUUAUUGAGCUAUUUAUGUAUUUGUUUAUUUAGGAAACAGUAAAAAAGACAUUGGACAACGUCGUGGUAAAUAUGAUAAUUCUACAGCUUAUAGCUCUAAUGUAUACAUGAAUAUAUUUUUAAAAUAAUUUAUAAAAAAAAAAUCUUCUUUCUUUCCAGAACAAACUCGGAGCUCAACAGCGUCACUAAUCUGUGGAGAAUCUAAAAUCGUACGUUAAAUUUGAAUUAUUAGUAUUGAAUUUAUAGUAAGCCUGAUGAGGCUAAUCUAAAAACAAUAUAAUCUAUUAACUUUCCCCAUCAAAAAAUAACAGUCCUGCUUUCUGAAUUUGGACAUUAUCUUGAUUUUUAUUUUUAUUAAUAAUCUGUUAUCAUAUUAUCAUUAAUGAAGCAUCCAUAUAUUUUGUAGUGCUUUCACAGUUUUACAAAGGGAAUAAAACUGCACAUGAGAGAGAAAAAGAGACAAACAAAUACAAAUGGUUUAUUGACAUAUGCAAAUACAUAAGGAAGAACAUCAAGAAAGAAGCAAGUACCUAGCUUAACAAAUAGAAUAAUUGUGAAGGAUUGGGCACAUUAUAUAGACAAUCACUUAAAAGUCACCCUGCCCAAGGGUUUUGUGAAAUUUCUCAAUUAGGGAAAUAACCCUCUUAUACUAACUAAACAAACACAUAUCAUUGAUCUCAUACUCCCAAGUUGGUUAAGCCACUCAGAGAAAUACAUGAACUAGACCGUACAAAACCCACAAUCUCAAUUUAGUACAGAACAUAUUUAAAUACGUACAUUGGUGUAAGGAAGUGCUUGUGAAGUGAAGUUUUUACAGCAACUGAAGAGAGUCGGCAUUGCAUGUUUUUGAUUUGUGAAUUGAGGCCUAAGGAUCAGAGAUGGAGAUUAGACACAGUUAUGUGAAAGUAUUUACAGCUUGAAGAAGCAAAGGAAGGCGUCAGUGAGGGUGUCACGGCAUCUUCAGCAUCCGCUUCUGUCAGAGAGCUGUAUGGGACCCAGCGGGCUCAUCUUGUUGCAAUGGCAUUCCCACGUGGCAAUGGGAAUGCCACCAAUAUACACUUACCUUCUCAUGUGGCACCUGCAGGUCUCACUCCGAGCAUGGUCUCGAAGCUGACGGGCGCUCCUCACCUUACACAGUGGCCGGGUCUUAAAUGAUUAGAGAUGCUGGCCACUGCAAGUCAGAAUCUUUUAAGAUUCUUAGUUAACCCCUUCUCUCUGUAAUGGCACAAGAUGAGCUAAAACCAGUUUAAGAACUGAGCGGGGAACCACCAAAGAGAGCUAUUGUUGUUUCUCCGCACUCUCUUACGACUUGUUUUUUGCUCUCCUUAAGUUUAAAGGGUAAUCCAGACAUGGACCCCUUGCUCACGCUGCCAAGAUAAAUAUUGGCUAUACCUCCCUGAGGAUGCCUAACAAGGUUGAAACGAUCAUCUGGGGUUGCUGUAUCUCUCGUGCAGAGAGAGCCGGCCUGUAUUUCAGUUCUGCUCUUUUGGGUGGAAUCAGUCUGAGAGGCAAAUGGCCUGGUUCUCUCUGUAAUGGCACAAGAUGAAAACUGAGCAAGGACCCUCCAGAGGGCAGGCUAAUUGAGCUGUUGUCCAUUCUCACCACUCUCUUGCGACUUGUUUUUUUGCUCUAGUUAACCCCUUAGUUCCAACCUACUGGAGUGACGUCACACACGCACGUUCCAAUGUCAAAUGCUCCUCUGCAGCCAAUCAUAAAGCAUUUUAGGCAAUAUAAACCCUUUUUGACCAUUUUUAUUUGCCCUGUCGUGGUUUCCAUUUUGGUUAUCCAAGAGCGUUUAUGGUAUUGAUUCUUGUAUAUUUUGUCCUUGGCUUUGUUACUAUUCUGAUUUCUGUAUCCCUUGAACAUUGGCCUGUUUCCUGACUUUUCUGACGUCUUUAUUCCUUGACCUUUGGUUUGCCUACUGUUUACAUACACUCUGUAUUCUUGACCUUCGCCUGUCUUGUACUUUUCUUUUUAUACGUUAAAUCCAGGCGUUUUAAGGUCCGGUAAUAUGCCUUAGGGUUUUCUUUUAAAUUUUACUUAAGUUCUGCAUGCUGGGCAUAUUAGUGUAUCCUGACAGUGGGUAAAGUAGACCUAUGGUGUAUACAACUGAAAAGUUUAUCAACCAGAUUUUAUCACCCCAAAUAUGAAUAACUAUGUGUACAUGAAAUAUUGGUGGAAUACAUUCAAUGAAAAUAAGAAUGAAAUCAUACAUAUAAUCGUAUAUACCAUCUGUCUAACAUGGUAUAUAAACAGCACGAUCAUAUAGAUUGCAUGAACAGAUACAGAAAUAUAGUGUGACAGGCACUACCCAUCAAAACUCAGGUCAACACAUGCGGAAAUGGGACCAAAUAGAUGUAUACAGUAGGAGAAGUAAUUAAGAUUUUGCAUGCGUUCCACUGCAAUUCCAGCAAAAUGCAUUUCACUAUUACGUCUUGAUUCUAUGCAAAUUUAUCAUCUUAUGCAUUUGACAGUUUUACUUCCUAUGGGGCUCAUUUCCUACUGUACACAUCUUUUUGGACCGCUUUCUACUCAUGUAUGACAGCAUCCAGGGGGGAUUUCAGGCCAACAUAUAAAAGUGGAUGAGUAUGUAAAAAAACACACUUGUAUCCUGUACCUGGGAAUAUUAUGGAGAUAUUUUACACUAUUUUGGAUCUUUUGUAUGGUCCGUUUAUAGUAAUAUUUAUUUUUCACCUGGAUUAUGUACUUGCAUCAUUGAAAAUACUAGAGAAUAUCUCAUUUGGACCUAUAGACUAUUACACUGUAAUUGGUGUAACGAUUGGACAGACCAUUUGCUUUAAUGGUAUAAUUUUGCUUUGUUAGAAUUGCUGAUUUCUCCUUCAGUAUAUCUGUGCAUACUCCUUUUUCAACUGAGAAGAAGUUGUACUGGUAUAUGGACAGUGUUUCACAUAUUUUAAGACUGGAGGCAUCGUUAUCAAUAUUUUUAUGAUUUUUAUUUGAUAUUCCUUUAGUUUGAACUCUGCACAUAUGUAUAAUUUUUUAUUCUUUUUAAUUGCAUUGUGUGCAUUCUUCCUUUAUUUUGCAUAUCGUUUAAUCUUAUUUAGAUUUUUAUUAUCAUGACUUUAUCCAGUUUAAUUUAAUUUAUUCAUUUUUUUUUUAUAAUACGUCUGUGUUUUGCCAUCCUAGAUGUCAAUUUCAGGUACACUAACUUAGUUGCAGGAGCAUAUUAAGUACUUGAUUUUGAUCUACAGGUACUCCUCCCUUAGAAUGAAUUCAUCGGGAAGUGAGUAAUUUAGGGGAUUCCCUGCUCUGGUGCGCUUGUCUAUGUCUGGAGACAUUUCCCCGAACAUAGACAAAUGUACCAGAGCAGGGAAUCCCUCUAAUCUAUGUUCGGGCAAAUUUCCCCGAGUAUAGAUUAGAGGUAUUACCUGCUCUGUUGCGUUCAUCUAUAUUCGGGGGAAAUUUCCCCAAACAUAGAUGAAUGCAGCAGAGCAGGGAAUCCCUCUAAUUCCUAUGACGGCUCGCACUUACCACCCCCAUGAGAUUGCUGGUCAUAAGUGAGAGCCGUCGUAAAACAGGUAAGUCACAAAAUGAAGACCACCUGUAUAUUUUAUUUAAAAGUUUUAUUGUUGUAACCCUUAUACCUAUUCAGAGCAUAUUUUAGUGAAUAAUCUACCUUUUUCCAUUUUAUCUUUUACGAAUAGUUUCCCUUUGUUGUUUUAGUUAGAAAGCUGAGGUGGAAAAAUAGAAGCACACCAUCCAUGUUGUGUUCACAAACAGUUAAUAAGCAAUAAUUAAUGAUGUUCUUCUUUCUUUACUAACCUAUUGGUUUUUAUAAGGAAAUUAUAGUUUCUCCAGAAAAUUUCAGUACUUAAUGAUAACCAAUCACAUUUUAAAUGGUGAUAAAUAGGCAACUCGCUGCGCAAUCAUUUCAGUUCAGGCAGAAGAUGAGAGCAUAUUUAUAUAGAACAAAUUACAUUUUUAUAAAGGAUCUCUUAAAUAUAAGUGAAUAUAAUUCAGCUACUUGUAUCCCAGCAUCUAUACUUUACAGCGCAUUGCAGAGAGAGAAAAAAAAUGUAUACUUAAAGGGACACUAUAGUUGUUCUGGUGAGUAUAGUCAGUCCCUGCAGGCUUUUUGUAGUAAACACAGUUUGUUUUUUUCUAAUAAAAGGCAGUGUUUAAAUUACAGUCUUCUUCCACUGGCCACUCCUCAGAUGGCUACUAUAGGUGCUUCCUGGGUCAGUGCUGCACAGCGUCUCUAUGAACUGCAUGGAGACACUGAACUUUCCUCAUAGAGAUGCACUGAUUCAAGGCUCUUCCCCCUUCCCCCACCUCCUUGGUAAUCUCAGCCAACCCAAUGCUUUCCUUUGGGAAAGCAUUUUGAUUGACUCAGAUCAUCACUUCUGAUGAUGUCAGCCAAGCAGGAGGGUCGGUGUAGAGCCAGCAGCAGCAGACUUGAAUAAAAGUAAGAUUUUACUAUAUUUAUGGAGGGUGGGGUGGUGGCUAGAUAGUGUUUUUAACAUGUUUGUGUUCCUAACCCUAUCCUUUAACAUCACUGCAUAUUGCUCAUAUUUACAACAUAUAUGUUGCAGUGAGAACAUAAAACUGUGCAUAUGUCCCAUCCAAAAUUAUUUAAACUAAAAGGGACAAUAACUUUUGGAUUAUAGUUUUAUGUAAAUUGUCUAAGUAAAUGUUAAAUUAGAGUAAGAACUGUUUUCAGUUUCUCUCCUAGAAUGCCAAACUUACUUAUAUUUACCUUAUAUAAUUUUAUCUUUUUCAGGAAGUAUCCCCAGAAAAUGUAGAGAUUUAACAACAUUGCCAUGUGCCUGAAACAAACAUAUUCUGUUUUCCUGUGGAUGUGAAUUAUUGUACCAAAAAUAUGUUUCAAUUACCAUCCCAAUGUCUUUAUUAAAAUAAAACUGCAAGAAAA